AAUUGAGUUAGUGAUAGUUAUGACCUAAAUUCGGAUAUGUUUAUUAUAUUUAUUCAAUAAUCUUUGAGACCAGUGAUGUUAAGUAGUUUUGGUUCCAAACGCUUCAAACAUUACACUGAGGUUUCAGUGCCUGAACAUUUCCACUUCCGGGUCACUUGACGUAACGCUGGCAACAUUUGUGUACUCAUCCGGUACUUGCAUUACUUUCUUAUUUCCUGCAACCCAAACGAGCUCCUUCGAAGCAUUCUCAUCGGAUGCGACAAAAUGCUACUGACUGAAGGCCAACGCAAUCCCAAACAUCAAGUUGAAGAGUAGAGACGUGGAAGAUUAAGCAAGGAAGUCCGGGCAACGACGAGCAACUGACAAACAAAAGAAAAUGACGUGUCCCGCAGACGUCAUUGCAAAACGGCUUCAACCUGAGAAGAACAAUUCCCUCCAUGUUAAACAGGAAGAGUCUGAGAUGCCGUACAUAAAACAGGAGGCGGAGCCAGAGACCUACAUUAAAGAAGAAGAGCAGGAAGGUGGAAUCCCCAAGUUUCCAAUGACUGUCAUUGUAAAGAGUGAAAAAGAUGAAGGUCCAAGCGAAGAAAGUGGAGCAGUGAAACCUUCAAGUGACAGCUUAUUUCAACACCUCACAAUUAAAGGAGAGGGACGAUCGCAACCGGAUGGCCUGUUAGCGCCGCUCUCCGAAAGUGACGGCAUAACAUCACACUCUUCUGAGACUGACACUAAUGAGGAGGAUGUUGACUUUGACCAAAAAGCUUCAAAAUCCCUAAUGGCAUCACGAAAAAGAGAGACUCAAGAAUGCCCAGGUGGGAAACCGUUCGUUUGCUCAUGCUGCGAUAAAAGAUAUUCACGGCUACAUAAGUUAAAAAGACACAUGCAGACACACACUGGGGAGAAGCCUUUUGUCUGCACAAGUUGUGGUAAAGGAUUCACCGAAAAGGGAAAUUUAAACAGUCACAUAAGAACACACACUGGAGAGAAGCCCUUUGCCUGCACACUUUGCGAUAAAAGAUUUUAUCAGAAGAACGAUUUAGAAAGGCAUAAGCGAACACACACUGGAGAGAAGCCUUUUGCCUGCACAUUUUGCAAUAAAAGGUUUUCUCUGAAUUGUAAUUUUAAAAAGCAUCAGCGUACACACACUGGCGAGAAGCCUUUUCUCUGCUCAGUUUAUCCUCAAAUAUUUUGUCACGAGAAAACUUUAAAAAGACACGCAAGAACACACAUUGGUGAGAAGCAUUUUGCCUGCACACUUUGCAAUAAAAGAUUUUCUCGGAAGGCUCAUUUAGAAAACCAUACGCGUACACACACUGGAGAAAAGCCUUUUGUCUGCACAACUUGUGGUAAACCAUUCGCUGAGAAGAGAAUUUUAAAAAAACACACAAGAUGGCACGCUGGAGACAAUCUUUUUCCCUGCUUAUUUUGUGAUCAAAUAUUUUGUGACAAGUAUCAGUUAGAAAGACACACACGUACACACACUGGCGAGAAGCCUUUUCUCUGCUCAGUUUGUCCUCAAAGAUUCUGUCACGAGAAAACUUUAAAAAGACACGCAAGAACACACACUGGCGAGAAGCCUUUUCUCUGCUCAGUUUGUCCUGAAAGAUUCUGUCACGAGGAAACUUUAAAAAGACACGCAAGAACGCACAUUGGUGAGAAGCAUUUUGCCUGCACACUUUGCAAUAAAAGAUUUUCUCGGAAGGCUCAUUUAGAAAAUCAUACGCGUACACACACUGGAGAAAAGCCUUUUGUCUGCACAACUUGUGGUAAACGAUUCGCUGACAAGGGAAACUUAAGGACACACGUUAUCAGACACACUGGAGAGAAGCCCUUUGCCUGCUCACUUUGUGAUAAAAGAUACUUUGCAAAGGCAAAUUUAGACAUUCACACAAAAACACACGCCGGAGAUAAGCCUUUUUCCCCUGCUCUCCAUGUGGUAAAAGAUUAACUCUGAAGGGACAUUUAGUAUGGCACACAACAAACCACACUGGAAAUAACCUUUGAAUUGCAGUGUGUGACAAAAUAUUCUGAUUUCUGGCACGCACUGACAUUGGGAAAAGCAUUUUAAUUUCGUUAUUCAGUUUUCUUUGAGAAUCUUUUGGAAAAAAAUGUUGAAAUGAUUUUGCAAGUCAUUCUUUUUCAUAAUCAUCCAAUAUACUUGAUGUUUUUAAUUGAAUUUUUUGCGUUGCAUGUCUAUGUUAAGAUCGAUAAUAUACUUUUGUUUUUGCUAUUUUACUUCUGAAUAAUGGCAUUGACACACAGCUAUAGAGUUCCUUGAAAAAUCAAGUCCAGACUCAAAACUUCAGCCAGAUUUGUUAUGAUUUAUUUCCUGUUACUUGGAUUUACUUAGAUUUAGCUGUUGUCGCCUCUAUUUGUAGCUUUUGUAAACUCUGUUGUAAAGUUUCCCUAGGUAUAUUGAAACGCGCAUUGAAAUAAAAUGUAUUGAUAUUUGAAUUACUUUGAAGCAGUCCUUCUGUCCGUUGUUGUUGUUUGUUCAAUUUCAAAAGUUUUUGUCUGAAUAGUUUCAGGGAAGAUUUCUUUGUUAGUCGUCUGCAUUGUAAUAUUUUCCAAUCUGAUAGAAUUUCUUGACCUUUUUAUGAUUAUCAAAUAAUUUCUGUUACACUCCCAACUCCAACCCCCAACAAACACAAGACUGAUGACUCGAACAGACUGCAAAAUGUCAUCAUUGGUUUUAUCUCUCUACUCCAACAUUUUUUGCAGGAUAUUCUUUGUAUCGAAGUACUUUUUUCCGGAUUGCCAAAUAAAUUGUAUUGUGAUGACAAAUAAGUCUUAAGCUAAAUGGAAUAAAAAAAAAUAUUAAAAAUGCAUUUAUUCAGUGCGACAGGGCAAAAUUACUGCAUAAUGGUCAAAACUAGUGAUGCACGAUAAUGCAUUUUUCAACCGAUACCGAUAACCGAUAAUCUCCUCCUCAUUCCAACCGAUAACCAAUAAUGUCAAGCCGAUAAUUCUAUUAAAAGAUUUAUGUAAAUUUUAAAGUACACACAAGAGAAAAUUCUACUGUGCAAAAAUAUAAUUUAUUGCUCUUUUUAAACAAAUGAGAACAAGUAGUAAAUUCAACAUCUAAAUAAUGACAGAUUGUCUAACAAUGUGUAAUGGUAAACUUUUGGCAACAACUACUUACAGGGUAAAUACCUAAGUUGCACAAAAAUAUCUUGGAAAUUAAGCCAUUCCUAACAUACAUAACAUUGAUACACUGAAAAAACACACCUCCUUAAAACUAGUCAAUUUUAAUUGUGAAUAUUGGAAAUAAGUGAAAUUAUCUGCCAGCGCUUCAAGUGUAUUUCACUCAGAUUUCUUGGAAGAAAAAUAGCUAGCUGAAAAUAAGCUUAACAGUCUUAUUUUAAGCAAAAAAUUAUUAUACUUAAUCCUAAAACCAACUUGUCAGAAAUGUUCUUUAUUCAAGAAUAGGUAUGGUUCAAAACAUUAUUUCAAAGCAAUUUUUAAAUUGAGAAGUGUUAAUGAGUGCUAAUGAGUUUUGAUCAUCUACUGUGACUGUAACUGAGCAGACAAAUAAGUUAAAUUGAAAAGUGAUUGCUAAUGUUAUAUGCUUUGUUGCACACUGUGAAAAUGAUUAACUCAAAAGAGGGAGAUAUCAUGUAUCCAUUGUACGGCGCUUUGUUUACGUUUGCGGCACUCACGUCACUUGCUUUACGGCAGCUCAGCUGAUACACGGCAGUGUUAUUAUGCCGGAGUUGGAGCUUGCAUUCCUGUGCGUGUGCCUGAGUUUUGUUCACCAAAAAUAAGGACAGCGUGGCUGGAUUUAUCCUUGU